AUGUCAAUCCCAUCUUGUCAUCCUGGGCACAUUUCAUGUGUUUUGUUGAAGCGCACAGUUCAAGCCAUGCAAGCAGCACAAAAUAAUCUCGGACUUUUCCGGGUGUUUAAGCCAACAAUUCUGUUUCACGCACCCUCGUUACCUUCUCUUCCACAAGUCUUUCACCCACCGGAGUUAGGCACUUCGGCAGGAUUUUGGAAGCAGUCUGUUGGUCCGCUUGGCUUUACGACUUCUUUUAACACAACGCCUCCUCCCCCUAUUAACGUCCAAGUCUCUUCGAUGAGUUUCUGCGCCGAAGCUCAGACGAUUAUUCCUUCUAUUUGGACUAAAUCACCGUCUUCUGAUCAGUCAUCAAAGAAUAUGAAAUCUGCGCCGGUUUUGCAAGUGAGAGAGGAAUCGGCCGAAAAAUUAUCCGUAUGUGGCGUCCCGAAUUUGAACAGCAAAACAAGAAAGAAGAAAUAUCCAUGUCCCCUGUGCGAUAUUCGAUGCAGCAACAACGGACAACUGCAAGGCCAUUUGCGAAUUCACACUGGGGAGAAGCCGUUUCAAUGCAGUUUUGAUGGCUGUGAAAGACGAUUCGCUCGCAACGAGGAACUAACGCGACAUAAACGCAUUCACACCGGUGUUCGACCUCACAAGUGCGAAAUUUGCAACAAGGCCUUUGGUAGAAAAGAUCACUUGAGCAAACAUCAAAAGACUCAUCUACAAACUGCCGAGAAAAAAGUGUUUACUUGCGUGGUGCUGGGAUGCGGUCAGAAGUACAGCCGGUCCGAUGCCUUGACGAGGCACCAAUGGACAGCUCAUUCACUGUCUAAGACACACUCAAGGGCUAUGAAGCAAUUGUCUCGCGAUCAGCAUGUCUUAAGGGCCGUGAAUCAUCCCUGUUCUGUCCCAGCAACAGGCUCUUGGGCACUCUAA